GCAUCCGCGCUCCUGCACCACUGCCUCGCGAUGUACAGGCCGCCGCGUCGGAUCGGUGCGCCGUCGCCCGGAGGAAGGGUCGAUUCAGAGGCACAACGCCCGGAGGGUGGGUCACGUCGUCCUCCCACAAGCUUCGAAGGCCGGAUGCCAGAGGAUCUGCUGAAUGACUAGCAGUUCAACGGGGAGGAUGCCUACACUGGUGCUAUGGAUUAUGGGUAUUACAGUAACCUCAUAGUGAAUGGAGUUGAUCAAUCUCAACAUAUCUCCUCUCAAUAAGUAGUUCAGUUUAGUUCGGUUCAGUUCAGUCAAUCAGUUCAGAUCAGUCCAGUCUAAUUUUGUCGUUCAUAUUACUGUUUGAGUUACCUUUGUGAGAGUACUGUUAAGUUAUUUGUGGGUAAUGUGCACUUAAAUAAUAUAUGCUUGAUAUGGUGCUACUUCCUCUGAAUCCGAUGUCUGUAUGGUUGGACAAUGUGUAUGCCAUUCCUCUGAAUCUGAUGCCUAUAUGGUUGGUCGAUGUGUCUGUCAGUUUAACAAUGAAAUGCACACUCGUAUGUCUUUGGUCCUGUUCUGUAUGUAGAUUUCCUAUUUCACUACUUCUGCCGUGCAGCUUCAGUUAUUAAGGAUCAUGUGGUAUGUGUGUGACAUGUAAUGGGGGUGGGAUAAUCGUAUCGCUCUCUUGUACUCCUUGGAAUUUUUUUGGUUCUUGUCAGCUAUUGAAUAUUAUGAUCUUUCUAAGCUAUUCAGUAUUCUGAAUGUUACGAUAUGCAUCUUAUCUAAACCUUUUCAGUUAUUCAGUAUUCUGAAUGUCGCGGUGGUGUGGCGCCCACUUGUCCUGGCGCUAGAUGCGUCGCGAUGGCCUCCGGACGCCAGGUUGCUGCCGGCUCCCCCAAGCUGCGUCCUGAUGGCCUCCAGAUGCCAGGUCGCCGCCGGCUCCCCCACGCAUGAAGCCUCCGGCGUGGCGGCGUCCAGGCGCACGCACAAAAAAAAAACAGAGAUCGAUCCCUAGAGAGCUGACAUGGACUAUUUUGAAUAUGAAGAGUCUGAUUUUUGGAGUGACUGUUGGUUUCCCCAUCAUUGAGGAAGACUUCUAUUUUUUUAGAAUCCUUCUCACUCUAAAUUUAGCUAAUACUUUACAUAGUCUCUUGGAGUUGCUCUUACAGAGCCAUCUCCAUUCUCCCCGGCUGCCUUGCCGCUGUGCCGCAGACUCGCAGAGAGAAGGAAAGCGUGGAAUCAUCGAGGGGGAAAGCGAGGGAGGAUGGAGGCGGCGUGGGCGUGCGCGGUGGAUCGAGCCGCCGACAUGGCCGACUCCGCCAGGCGUUUCUUCCUCUCCUUGCGCCGCCCUCAGCAGCCGCCGCCGCCGCCGCCGCCUCCCAGCCCCAAUCCCGCGGUAGAUAUCUUGAAGCGUCUGCAGAGACAAGCAUUCUAUGACAUCAUGCAGCUGAGGGAGAGACAAGAGAAGGUUGAGAGAGUGCUUUCGUUGUUCAAAGCUUCCAAAGUUGGUCCAUUUGCAGAAGAAAGCACUCAGGUCAAGGGUGUUAUCAAUGUUGCUGGAUCACUGUCAAGAGAAAGUUCAGAAGCAGAAUCUGGUAUUAGUUCACGGUUUGUGUUUCAGACCACUGUGCGGAAGAAGGAUUCCCUCUUUGCAGAGCUCGUCACUGAUCAUAGAUACAUGUCUCAAGAAAAUGAUCAAAUUGGGAGCCCUCUUGUAUUGUCAAAGGUGUUGUACUUGUCAAACAUCAAUGACUCUUUGUUUGUUGCUGCUGUACCAAUAGGUGCGAAGUGUGAUGAUUUUUCAGACGAUCCAAAUCUCCGAGAGGAACAUUGGCUGGCCAGCUUGCGUUCUUCGUUGAGGCCACCUUUGCUGAUUAAAAGUCACAAAUAUGCUGGUGGCCUAAUACUAAGGUCGAAGAAUGUUGCUGUUUCUCUUGCUGAAUUGGUUUCAGUAGCUGGGAAGCCACAAAGUGCUGGUGAUGCUAGCAGAGUUUUCACAGAAUUUGGGCAAUUUUCAUAUCAGAUACCUGAUGACAUAAAAUUGACCUUAUCUGCUGCCUGGCAUGGACCAAGUGUGUUUCCUCAAAAGAGGAAACCGACUGCUGGAGGUUGCAUUGAUGUUGAGCUGAAAAUCGAUGAGGACUCCAGGAUCGGGGCUUGGAUUGAGAUCAACAGGAAGUUGAACACACGGUUACUGAGAUGGGCUCUCACACUAUCAGAUACACCGGAGAGUGACCUCGGAUGGGGUUUGAUCUUGCGGAAAGGGACUGAAGCCAAACCACAACGGUUUCAGGUGGAGGGUUUUCUGAAUCUGCAUCUCGGCAAGAAGGCUGCUGUGCAACCUGGUAUCGUGUUCAACGUGGAUGGGAGGAGAUGCACUCCUGCUCUUGUAUUCCACUCAACUUGGUCCUUGUGAUUCUGGUGUAGGAACUUUUGGUAGAUCCUAGAAUGCUGAAGGAAUUGUAUGUAUCAUGUGGAAGACCAGCAAUUCAUUUGCAAGUGUAUGAUGCAUUGCAGUGAUUAUUUAGAAGUGUGUUAUUAUCUUAUAUAAUUGUUGUUGUUUCGAUA